GAAAGACAUUAGCAUAUGCUGUUCCUAUAGUUCAAAGCUUGCAAGCUAUGCAACCCCCUGUAGCUAGAUCACAUGGUGUACAUGCUUUGGUUCUAGUCCCAACUCGUGAGCUGGCAUUGCAAAGUUUUGAAACAUUCAGAAAGCUUGUAUAUCCUUUUCAGUGGAUUGUUCCAGGUAGUAUAAUGGGAGGGGAGAAGAAAAAAGCAGAGAAGGCUCGAAUCCGUAAAGGUAUCAACAUCUUGAUAGCUACCCCAGGAAGAAUGGUGGACCAUGUACAGAACACCAGAUCUCUGGAUCUUAGUGGUCUCAAGUGGUUUGUGCUGGAUGAAGCUGACAGAUUGCUAGACAUGGGCUUCGAAAAGGAUAUUGCGACGAUAACUAACUCUGUAAAUGAACAAAGCAGUUCAAGGCAAAAUGUUCUGCUAUCUGCAACACUAACUGAAGGAGUUGAGCGUCUAGCAGGGAUAUCUCUCCACGACCCCCUUUACAUCAACAUAGCAAAAGACCAAGAGAAGGUUGGGUCUGGACCGGCCUCCUUCAAGGAACCGACGAAAGGAACUGACAAAUACUAUACGACACCAAACCAGUUGAAGCAACAUUUCUUGGUUGUGCCCAGUAAACUGAGACUUGUAACCUUAGCUACAUUUCUGCUCUGGCGAUGCAAGAUUUCUGAGAAGUCAAAAGUUGUUGUGUUCCUAUCUAGUCGAGAUGCCGUUGAAUUUCAUAGUGUUCUCCUCAGUCGCAUUCUCAAUAAAGAAGAGGAUGAAGAUGAUAAAGUCCAUGAAUUAUUAAGAGGAACAAGGGAAGAACAAGAUGAUGACCAGAAAAUAAACUUCUAUAAGCUACACGGAAAUAUGACGCAAGAGGAGAGAACGAGCAUUUACCAAGAAUUCUGCCUAGUGCAGUCUGGAGUGCUACUGUGUACAGAUGUAGCAGCAAGGGGGCUUGACUUACCAAAGGUUAAAUGGAUUGUGCAAUACAACACUCCUGAAACGCCAGAAGUGUACAUUCACCGAGUUGGGAGGACGGCUAGAAUUGGAAAAGAAGGCCAAUCUAUUCUGUUCCUGACACCGGCUGAAGUAGACUAUGUAGGCAUUUUAUCACAGCAAAAAAUAAGUUUAAAAGAGAUGGCUGUUAAUGAUGUACUAAAUACUCUUCUGACCUAUGACCUCUUCAAUUCUAACCGCAAGAGGGCACAUCAUACCUGGGAAGAAGCAGCAUCUGCAUUACAGUUACACAUGGAGAACUUCGUCCUAAAAAAACAUGACAACCAACAGCUUGCCAAAACAGCGUGUCAGUCCUUUAUACGUGCAUAUGCUACGUACCCAUCUCAUUUGAAGCAUAUAUUCCACGUGAAGAAUCUUCACCUGGGCCAUGUUGCAAAGAGCUUUGGUCUUCGGGUUACCCCAACAAGUAUCGGUAGUAAUAUUCAAAAGUUGAGGCAUAAACAAGCUAUCGAGUUAAAGCGUAAAAAGCCUGUUAGCUACAUGAAAAUGAACAUACGGCAAAUGCUGGCUUCUGAGCAUUCAAGCGGCAUUAAGGAGAUGAGUGGACCACCAGCGAAGCAUGCAAAAAUUACGAGAAAGAGAAAAGCGCACAAAGGAAAGAUGUCCAAACACUGAUAGAGAUACAAAAGGAGCCACUCACAAGUAUUGGCACAGACUUUACAUGUUUUUGUUUUAAUAAAGAUGUUAAAACGCUUACAGGAUAGCUUUUUGGUUUUUCAUUUUAUUAAGGAAUAAAAUGCCGUAUGAUUUGCAUAUACUGUAGAAGAAAUGACAGAAGCAACUAAUGCCGACACUAAAAUGUUGAAUAAAAUCACAAAGUCAAAAUCCAGAUCCUGAAUAAGAAAUGAUAUGUAAUUUCAAAAAACCUGUUACCUAAAGUCAUAAAAGGCACUAAUAAGAUCCACACAAAACAAAAUGUUGCAUGGGAUGCAUGUUAAAUAUUACACACAGGUUUUGUGAGAUAUUCUUACAGAUGUCACUAUUGCCUUGACUCUAGUAAAUUAAAAACUUGCAAAAGGUUGGUACAAUUGAUAUACAAGCAGUAAGAUACAUUAAGAGGCCAAAGUAUAAGCUCCACUUAGGCCGGAGGUCUGUGUUAGGCCUCUGCAAUGUCUGUUUUUAUUUGAAGAUAUAUCAGUUACAGUUCUCUCAAUUCCAAUUGGAAUUGAUAAAUGGAUAAGUCAUAUUUUAUUUUGUAAUUCAUUACAUUUUAAAAUGGAAUUAAAUAUAAAAGUGAAGUCAGUUAUUAUUUUCAUAUCAGUAUUGUGUUCUAAAUGCGUUAUCACAAGAUGGAAGCGAUACUUCAUAAACUAAGUUUCUUCAAAGGCUUAGAGAGUGGCAUUUUUAAUCAUAAAAAAAAAUUGAGUCACAGGAUUUAAACCCAGAAUCAGAAGGAAAUAUCUCAACCACCAAGCUGCAGUCCAUUAAAAUAUCGUAUUUUUUAUGUGACACAUGAUUGACAUAAGAUGAAAUUGGUGGACCCCAUGAUUGAUAGAUUAUGGAAAUAACAGACAAUACUGUACAUAACAACAUGACAAUAACUAACAUAACAAAUCAUUUUUUUUUAUAAUGCGAGAAUAAUAAUAAAUAUUUUGAUAUCGAAUCACAUUGAAUCGUGUUUGUGAGAGCAAAUACUGCACUAAAGGGAUUGUACGUGCUUUAUGCUGUUUGAUUAAAUUGCAUAUUGGGAACGAUUGUCAAAAGCAAAUAAGAACAGGUGAAUAUGAUAUGAACAUACAAACCUAUAGUAAACUAUGUACAAUUUGGAACCAUGUCAAUUCUACCCAUUGACAGUUAUGAAUAGUCAGGCUGUUGGUUAGUGGUUGAGAUCAGUCGCUUCCAUUUUAAGGAUUCGCGUCUGGUUUUGGUUUAAAAUGUAGAGAUUUUUCUUGCAAUCAAAAAACAAAAUCACUCCCAAUGCCUCGUACCCAGUUUGGUUAAGCAGCAUCAAGGGUGGAUAACCAUCAAUGCAAAUACUAUAAAACGGGGGUAGGUGUAAAAAAGAAUGUUUUGAAGAACCGAAGUGAAUUAUACCGAUAAUCGUCGCCGGGCCAUAAAAAAAAUGACUUCUUGCGCACACAGGGGUUUUAAUUUAGUUCGUGGGCUGUAGUUUGCCCAUCUGUUCUCUAAGAGAUAGUAUUUUUAAUCUACACACUUCGUAGCAAUUUAUAGAGAAGUAUUGCCCAUUUAUAUUUGAACAUAAUACAUAUGAUAUGGAUAAUUCUGAAACCUUCAUUUACCUAAUUCAUUCUUCCAUUUCAAUGUAAUACAAAAUGUACUGAAUUUCAGAGUCCCCUUUUUAAAUAUUUGACCAGUAGGAAUUUAAAAGGGUCGCCCAAGAUAUUUUACAGUACACAAUACACUCUGUGUUUCUCUGUAAUUGAAUAUUAUUUGUGUAUCUUAUAUUUUUUAAUUAAAUGAUAUAUUAAACUAAAAUUCGGCCUUUCAAAAGAAA